UUUAAGGUAAGUUCGUACCCAACUGUUAGAGGAUUCACUGCGAUUGGAAGCGGAGGGGAUGAUUUUGUGCAGGCUAUGGUUGUUGCUGUUGAAUCCGUAAUUCAACAACCCGUCCUUGAGGGUCGUGUCAAGCAGAAGCUAUCAUCAGGAGGCAAAUAUGUGUCUGUAAACAUUGGUCCUGUUCAAGUCAUUUCUAGUGAACAGGUCCAAGCUGUAUACAAUGCAAUGAGAAGAGAUGACCGGAUGAAAUACUUUUUGUAGAUUGAUACUCCUCUUCAUGGGUAGCUUUGUACAGAGCACCAAUUUUCUAGGGCAUCCCUUGUCUCGUCGCUGUUGCCCUCCGACUAGUCUGCUUUGUGCUCUUUUGGAUUUUGGUGUAUUCGUCAGUUAGAGAGCCGAGUACCAGUGGUUCAAAUUCAAUCCAUCUGCUUGCUCAUGAUGUAUUUAAAUUGAAGUUUAAUCAGAAAGUAGGCAGUAAUGAAUCUGUAUGUAUUAACUAUUUUCCUUUUCCUUUAAUAUACUAGAAAAUAUUUCCGCGCUUUGCCGCGGAAUUUAUAGUUAUGAAUGAAAUCAUGUUUUUAUUGGCAUUA